CUUGCGUUGCUGGGAUGUCCAUUUUCGCUAUAUCCUUUCGACCUCUCGCACUGCACUUUCUCAAUUGCCUUGUUUCCCCCUUCCCCUCCUUGUCUCACCUUUCCGAUGUCUGGGACCAUUGAUUGCUUAGUCACGGCAUGAUGAAUACCGGAAUUCAACUCGCCUGUGCCACGUGGGCCAUGGUCGUCUUAUCUUCUGUUUUGGUAGUUGCGAGGCUCUAUACGCGGAUCUAUGUCGUCAAGUUCGUUGGCGCUGAAGAUUACAUGUACGCUUGGACUGGGCUUUUCCUACUAUUCUUCGCCAUCUUCAUCCAGGUUGCAGUUCACUACGGUCUUGGUCAGAACUUUUGGGAACUGAGCAUUGCUAGCUCUUCCGAUGCCAUAUUCUGGACCUACGUAGCGAAUAGCUUUGCAAUCACCGGCAACGCCAUGGCCAAGUUAUCGAUGGGCCUGUUUCUUCUCCGCGUCGUCCAAGUGAGGUGGCACAAGACUGCGCUCUGGGUCGCAGUCAUCUUAACGGUUACGACGUCAAUUGCACUCACCAUCAUGCUCUGGAACCAGACUACUCCGGUGAAGGCAAGUUGGGAUCCAUUAAGAACACCAGGCGUGUGGCAUUUCAAAAUACAGGCCAUGAGUGUCGGACUGGGAGUUUGGUCUAGCAUCUGUGAUUUUUUCUUCGCCGUGUUUCCAUGGCUUUUCAUAUUUUCUCUCAAUAUGCCCCAACGAGACAAGUUUAUGCUUGCGACCGGCAUGAGUUUAGGUGUCAUGUGAGUCGAAUUUUGCACUGAGUGGCCUUGGUGUACGUAAGCUGACAAGUGUGCAGUGCUGGCGCGUGUGGUAUCGUCAGGACCGUCG